AUGCCUCCUCCCAAAUCCAAAGGCGGCAAGAUGCUGUCGCUCAUCAACUGGAGGAUCAAAGUCACGAUCAACGACGGACGCGCACUCACCGGCCAAAUGCUUGCAUUCGACAAGCAUAUGAACCUUGUGCUGGCAGAAUGCGAGGAAUUCCGCCGCGUACGCCCGAAACGGAAGCAGGGCGAAACCGAACCUGCACCAGAGCAGGAGAUGAAGCGCACACUCGGCCUUGUUAUUCUUCGCGGAGAGGCGGUCGUGAGCUUGAGCGUCGAGGGUCCGCCGCCGGCACAGGAUGACGACAAGGCGAAGAGUGCUCUUCCCGCUGGUCCUGGUCGUGGUAUGCCCGCAGGUCGUGGAAUGGGUAUGGUGCCUCCCAUGGCUCCCCCAGGUAUGGCUGGCCGACCUCCCAUGCCUUUUGCGCCUCCCGGUAUGCCCGGUGCGCCACCUGGUUUCCGCCCUCCUCCUGGAUUUGCUCCCCCAGGAGGUUCUUUCCCCCCACCACCCGGCUUCGGUGGACCACCGCCUGGGUUCCAAGGACCACCGCAGUAG